UUCCACUACCACCACCACAACGAACCAUCGUUCUUCGCAUCAUCAACUCCAUACAUACAGCGCAGUCUCCUUCACUCACUCCUUCAAGUGUAAGAGACUAUCAACAUUCUUUCAACCUUGUCGUCCUUGAUCUAGACGGCUUCUCGUUGCUCAGUUAUCACGUCUACUAGACUGGAAGCUCUAGCGCAGUCAAACUGUCCGGGCAUACUGGCCCAAUAUUAUACUUAUCCUAAUCACAUCUAACCGAGUAGAUCAAACUCUACUCGCUUGUGCAACCACAACAACUCCACAAUCUCUCCAGUCACAAUGGACGCAACAUACACAAUGGCACCGACAUCGGUGCAAGGGCAACCGUCAUUUGCAUACUACCCAGCUACCGACUCGCAGCCCAGACAGCAUUUCACCAGCCACCCUUCAGACAUGCAACAGUUCUAUGGUCAAAUGCCGCCAUUCUCCCACGCUCAACAACAACAACCCCAGCACUGUGUGCCGGAGCAGCCUCUCUAUACCGCUCAGUCCGUUAUGAACAUGCAUCAGAUGGCUACCACGAAUGCCUUCCGGGGUGCCAUGAACAUGACGCCCAUCGCUUCUCCUCAGCCAUCCCACCUCAAGCCCACCAUCGUCGUGCAGCAGGGCUCGCCAGGUCUGAUGCCUCUGGAUACGAGGUUUGUAGGGAACGACUAUUACGCCUUUCCCUCCACCCCGCCGCUCUCUACCGCGGGAAGCUCCAUCAGCAGCCCGCCAUCCAGCAUUGGAUCCCUUCACACGCCAAUUCACGAGAGUUUCUUUUCAUUUGAGAAGGUCGAAGGUGUGAAGGAAGGCUGUGAGAGCGAUGUUCACGCUGAGAUUCUGGCCAAUGCCGACUGGACUCGCUCGGAUUCGCCCCCCAUGACACCUGUGUUCAUCCACCCCCCUGCAUACACCGCCUGCCAGACGUCGGAGCUUCUGUCUGCCACUAGCUCUUGCCCAUCCCUGUCCCCGUCGCCAUCUCCUGUUUCCUCCACCCUGAUUGCCCAGUCCCAGUCCGCUCUUCCUCUCGAACAGUCCAACUCUGACUUCUGCGAUCCUCGCCAACUCACUGUCGAAUCCUCAAUCAACGUUGCUGAGUUGCCUCCUUUGCCCACCCUUGCAUGCGAUGAGGAAGAGUCCAAGGUCGUCCUAGGUGGUGAAGCCGUAGCCCUCCCUGUUCACGAGAACCUGUCCCCUGUGUUCUCCUGCUCGUCUGAGGAUCCGCUGAGCAGCCUUCCUACCUUUGACAGCUUUUCUGAUCUGGACUCGGAAGACGAAUUCGUUAACCGCCUGGUCGACUUCCACCCUAGCGGCAACGCCUUCUACCUGGGAGAGAAGCGGCAGCGCGUUGAGUCAUAUUCACUCGACGAGGAAGAGUUUUUCAGUGAGCAGAGCUUCGACGAGUCCGACGACCAGGACCUGUCCCAGACUAGUCUUCCCUUCCUGGGUGGCUCCGAUUUCUCUCUCCCGGCCACUGUUAGUGACGCUGCUGAGGAGAUGCGGACGAAGAAGCGCAACAGCUCCCGCAAGUCGCCCAAGAGAGCUGGCUCUGAGAGUGAUGCGGAUUCUCUUGGCAAGAAGGCACAGGCUUCCGCUUGUGAGUCGGAUUCGACGGCCGCCCAGGCACUUACUCAGACUCGUCACAACUCGGAUGCCAGCAUGUCUAGCUGCUCCGAUGCACCGGCUGCUCCAGUCUCCGUAAACCGCCGGGGUCGCAAACAGUCGUUGACGGACGAUCCUUCCAAGACCUUCGUGUGCACUCUCUGCUCUCGUCGUUUCCGUCGCCAGGAACACUUGAAGCGUCACUACCGCUCUCUGCACACUCAGGACAAGCCGUUCGAGUGCAAUGAGUGUGGCAAGAAGUUCUCACGCAGUGACAAUCUGGCUCAGCAUGCUCGCACUCAUGCUGGCGGAUCCGUCGUGAUGGGUGUCAUUGACACCAGCAGCACAUCCUCGCAGACGCCAUUCGAGGAACGCAGUCCCAACACAAUGGGUGCGGUCCUCUAUGAUGCUGCCAACGCUGCUGCUACCAAGUCGAUAACUAGCGACUCGUCCGAUGAGAGCAUCAUCGAGACGCCGUCUGCUGACCGCCGAGCCCCCAAGAAGCGCAAGCGUGAGGCGGAUGCUUGAACAGUUGAUCGACCUGGCUUCGAAGCCAUCACG